CAGGGACGGGGAGGUGGGAGGGGAAGGGGAGAGUGAGAGAUCCCAAAGCGAUGGCUGUUCUUCCAGGCAAGUUGUGGGCUCUCAGUAUCUGUUGUCUUCUCUUCUCCUCUGGGACUGGGACCCCAAGUAGCGAGGCCGCUGGUACAGAUGGUGGUGGAGGUGGGAUGGGACCUGCCCUGUGCAACACUUGCCCCACCACUGGCCUAGACUUAGACGUGGCGGGAGAGAACCACCGUCUGUUGCUGGAAGUGACGAAGAGACAUAUCCUCAGUCGGCUCCACAUGAAGAACAGACCCAAUGUCACCAGCCCCAUCCCUCGGUCAGCUCUCAUGACAGUCCUCAGGAAAUUACAUGCAGGCAGAGUGUCCCAAAACGGCUCGGUGGAGAUUGUCCAUCUACAACAGAGCUCCAGAGAGGAUCAGAGCUUUCAAAUCAUCAGCUUCCCUGAAGCAGAAACUACAGGUCCGGGCAAAGCCAAACUGCGCUUCCAAUUCCUACACGAAGCAGAUCAGAACACGGUGACUCUGAUUCACCAAGCCAACCUGUGGCUCUACGUCAAACUCUUCCCUCAAGCCCACUUCGACCGGAGGAGCCAGAGGAGGACGGUCAAGGUGUUUGUCAAGAGCCAAGGGGCUUCGAGUCUCGCCUUGGUCAACGGGGUCAGCAUUUAUCGGGGCGGUUGGCACAUGUUUCCGGUGACGCAGGAAGUGCAGAAUUCCUUCGACGGGAGAGUCAGGACUUUGACCUUUGACGUUGAGUGCGAGGGUUGUGGCAAUCUGAGCGCCACUCCCGGGCUCCUCAAUUUCCGAGACGAUUCUCACCAGCCCUUCCUCGUGGCCCGGACCAGGGUCAGGGAGGGCAGGCACCGGAUCCACAAGCGAGGCAUCGAGUGCAACGCCAACACCAGCCUGUGUUGCCGCAAGGAAUUCUACUUGGAUUUCCGCGUCAUCGGCUGGGACGACUGGAUCAUUGCGCCCGUGGGUUAUUACGGCAAUUACUGCGUGGGCUCCUGCCCCUCGCACAUGGCAGGGGCUCCUGGCACUGCAUCUUCCUUCCACACCGCCGUCUUCAACCUCUACAAGGUCAACGGAGACAGCUCGGUGUCCAACCUCCAUUCCUGCUGCAUCCCGACCCGCCUCAAUGGCCUGUCCAUGCUGUACUUUGACGGGAAGCAGAACAUCGUGAAGAGAGACAUUCCCGAUAUGGUGGUGGAGGAAUGCGGGUGCACUUAACC